AUGUUGAAUACCACCGACAGACGACGUAUUUUGGGGCCCGCGAAUGCCAAACCAUUGGUUUUUGACAGAAGUUCAGUUCCUGUGGAAGAAAAUCAAGAAUCUGCCAAAAAAUCGUCUGUUUCGACGGGGAAUGAUGCCAUAUACAUCGAAAACGGGAUUGUGGUCAAUUGUAAUGGUUCUUCGUAUUUGGAGGUCAGAAGCCGAACAAACGAUAAAAACUGCACAUUACUUCUGACAUCGAUAUAUGGACCAAGGCCUUCUCGUGGAGCUUUCAACGCCAAAGCAACUCUGAGUGUUCAAUUCAAAGAGGUAACGCUGGAAAAAAUCGCUGCGGGUCAGAUCAAAGAGAUAUGCACUUUUCUAACAAAUGUCUUCAACGCAGUAGUGAAUCUCGAACGAUACCCAAAAUCUGGGAUAGACGUAUUCCUCAGCCUGAUCCACAGCUCCAGUGGGCAGCAGGAUUUUGAACUGGAAUCCAUAAUCACAGCUUGUGUUAACGGUAUCACUCUUGCGUUCGUGGACGCAGGAAUCGAAAUUCUAGACACCGUGAGCGCUGGAAUGUACAAGAGAAACGUCACAGCAUUUAUGAAGAAUGGAACCGAAGUGGUUGGAUUCUGGAAAGACGACGACGAACAAUCUUCUAGUGAAAACAUUUUAGAAAUAGUGGAAAAGUGUAAGGAACACUACUUGACGAAUCGCAAGACUAUGAUAGAGUUCAUGGUACGAAACAAGAACGCAUCUGAUUGA